UUCUAACUGAAAUUCCAACACAAACAGGGGAUGGUCUCUUGAUUGAGGGAACUUGAUAAUUUAGCUGGCUGUUGGGUCAGACGGGGGUCUUUCUGGAGAACUAUCAAGAUCUUUACUUUUCAGGGAAAGAAAGUAAAGUAAAAAGAGUAGGAUAGAAAGUAAACAGUUGCUGGUGUGUGUGGCACUGUCUCUGAGGUGGUGGUACCUAUAACUUUGUAUGCCUUACUGUCUCAGCUUCAGGGAUGUUUCCAUAUCACAGUCGUCAGUGUUUGACAACGAAGUAGAGUCGCAAAACUAUUAUAACUAAUUAACUGCUAAUUUGGAUUGGAAUGGCGAUUUCAAGAGGUUAAAGACAUAUUAAUUAAGCAGAUAAUGUGCUAAGAGUCCUGCCCUGCUUUGCUAUCUCUUAUGAUGUAACAAGUAAUUUAAAACCUCCUGGUAACAUGAUGAGUGAGACUGAGGCUGUAAAGAUUGCUGAGCGGCUGGCACUAAAGUGCUGCUAAUUGGUUUGAAGAGCCUCUCUUUAGCCAUGACUUUUUCUUCUUGCUGAAGAGACUUAAACUGCUCAGGAAGGAGCGAAGUGAACUGAACAAAGAAAGAUAUGAGCUAUGAAGUCUUACAUUCCAUUUUUCAUUCUUCUUUGGAGUGCUGUCGGAAUCUCAAGGGCUGCCAAAAUCGUUAUUGUGCCGCCAAUUAUGUUUGAAAGCCAUCUGUAUAUUUUCAAGACCCUGGCCUCAGCCUUGCACGAGCAAGGCCACCAAACAGUUUUCCUUCUGUCUGAGGGCAGAGACAUCCCUCCAUCUAAUCACUAUAGACUGCAGCGUUACCCAGGAAUCUUUAAUACCAGUACCUCAGAUGAGUUUCUUCAAUCCAAAAUGAGGAAUAUCUUUUCUGGGAAACUAACAGCCCUGGAACUGUUUGACAUUCUGGAACACUAUUCCAAGAAUUGUGACAUGAUUGUAGGCAACAAGAAGCUCCUGCAUGCCCUGAAACAGGAAAAAUUUGACCUGCUGCUAGUGGAUCCUAAUGAAAUGUGUGGAUUUGUUAUUGCUCAUCUUUUAGGGAUUAAAUACGCGGUUUUUUCCACUGGACUUUGGUAUCCAGCAGAAGUAGGUGCUCCAUCACCUUUAGCAUAUGUUCCAGAAUUUAAUUCACUUCUCACAGAUCAUAUGAACUUGCUAGAGAGGCUUAAGAACACUGUUGUAUACCUGGUUUCAAGAUUUGGAGUCAACUUUUUGGUUCUGCCAAAAUACGAAAGGAUAAUGCAGAAGUACAAUGUACAGCCAGCAAGGUCCUUGUAUGACUUGGUUCAUGAUUCUAGCCUGUGGAUGCUGUGUACUGAUGUAGCACUAGAGUUUCCAAGACCCACUCUUCCGAAUGUUGUGUAUGUGGGAGGAAUCCUUACCAGACCAGCCAAUCCUCUACCAGAAGAUCUCCAAACAUGGGUGGAUGGUGCUCAUGAAAAAGGCUUUGUCCUUGUUUCAUUUGGAGCAGGAGUCAAAUACUUGUCAGAAGAUAUAGCGCAUAAAUUGGCCCAUGCUCUGGCAAGACUUCCUCAACGAGUCAUUUGGAGGUAUUCGGGGAAGAAACCUAGGAACUUGGGUAACAAUACAAAACUCAUAGAAUGGUUACCGCAGAAUGACUUACUGGGUCACUCUAAGAUUAAGGCCUUCCUGAGUCAUGGUGGUCUGAACAGCAUUUUUGAAACCAUGUACCACGGUGUACCUGUGGUGGGAAUUCCUCUUUUCGGAGAUCAUUAUGACACUAUGACCCGAGUGCAGGCCAAAGGCAUGGGAAUAUUACUAAACUGGAAGACUAUUACUGAGGAUGAAUUAUAUAAAGCACUAGUGAAAGUUAUUAAUGAUCCCAGCUACAGACAAAGGGCCCAGAAGCUGUCUGAAAUUCAUAAAGACCAACCAGGCCAUCCUGUUGAUCGAACAGUCUACUGGAUUAAUUACAUCCUUCGUCAUAAUGGAGCACAGCAUCUACGUGCUGCUGUUUUCACAGUCUCUUUAUAUCAGUAUUUCUUAUUGGAUAUUGCCGUUAUUGUACUGCUUGGUACUGCCUUACUCUGCUAUGUUUUGGUCAGGAUAGCAAAAUUUAUCCGCAAGCAAAGCAAACAUCUUUGGUCCACUGAUGAACAUACUACCAUUAAUGGACAUUACCAAAAUGGGAUACCAAAUGGCAAGUAUAGAAGAAAUGGCCACAUUAAACAUGAAAAAAAGGUGAAAUGAGCCAACUACCCAAUGUACAUUAGCAGCGAAUCAGUUCUAUAAUUGAAUUUUAUAGCUGUAACUUAGUCUAACACCUACUUAAAGCAAAACAAUAAACAGUUCUAACGCUCCCCUACA